UUAUCUGUUCCUGGAGUUGGUUCUUUCAUUUCUCUCUGCGGACAAGACAAGACACCAGACAACCGGUCGGACACCCGAAGGAGGAGAGAGUCUUCGUUUAGCGAAAGCCAUCAGAGUCAGCGGAGAUGGUGAAUUUCCAGCUUAUGAUCACAGCCGAGCUCGAGAACCUGACCCAUCUCCAACCUCAGAACGGCUGCGACGACCCUGACUUCUCCUACUUCUUCAAGGUGAAGUGUGGGAGGUGUGGUGAGGUGAGCCAGAAGGAAACAUGCGUGACAUUGGGUGAAACCGUUCCCAUUCCGAACAGCAGAGGAACUACUAAUCUCCAUCAGAAGUGCAAGUUUUGUGAGAGGGAGGGUACAGUGACAAUGGUUCCAGGUAGAGGCCGACCAUUGACACAUGAAGACAGUGAGACAGGGAAGUAUGCUCCAUUGAUGUUAUUUGACUGUCGGGGUUAUGAGCCCGUGGAUUUCGCAUUUCGCGGUUUAUGGAAGGCAGAGUCUUUGGAAGGAAUGAAAUUUGAGGACAUCGACCUGUCGACUGGUGAGUUUUCUGAGUAUGAUGAGAAGGCCGAGCUCCCGGUCAUGAUAUCAAAUCUCAAAGCAACUUUUACUGUGGUGAAGUAGAGCUGAAAUAGAGCUUAUAUCUCACUGAUGCCUGACUCAGGUGUAUAGCUCUGACUUCUCUUUCUGGGUCAUGAGACAAAACAAAAACCCAAGGUUCACUUCUUCGUGAUGUACUCUUCUUUCGACAAUCUACUUAAGGGUUGUAGCUUUAAUGAAUGGAGUUAUGUGGUCUUUGGUGUGAAAUGUUAUGUUUCUCCUCGAGUGAUUCUAAAAUGCACAUUGUACCCUCAUUUCAGAUAAGUUCCGGGGUGCAUGUUAGACCUCUGUGAAUUUUCAUUCUUGGACAUCGUUAUGUGAAGUCCAAUGAAUUAGACUAAUCACUUUUUGGAACAUAUGUGGAGCUUAUGUUGUGUC